AUGACAGAAUGUGUACCUGAACAGGCUCAUCGCCAGUACAGAAACCCUAGAGUAAGAGGAAAUGAAAGGGAAGAUGGCGUUCCCGGCGAGCAAGAGCUCAAAACUCACCACUCUAGGUUCAGAUAUGUCUUGGAAUGGGUAGUGACGCUCGAUACGGCGGUACCCGACGCGGUAAACUAUCGCUCCAUGCCAAGAGUCAGCAACUAUGUGUUCUUUCUAGGUGGACGAUUACGCACAGUUUCAAACACUUCGGCACAUUCUGUGCUUGUUUUGACGUUACUGGUCGUGCCAGCGGUUUUAUUCUCGAUUUUCGAGGCCCAGAUGCUGUGGAAGUUUGGUAGCGGGCAUGGCACUUUGGUUGUGCUCUUUUACUACUCGUGGGCCGUCUGCUUGGCCUCUUUCAUCCGAAGCGCGACCAGCGACCCGGGCGUUUUGCCCAGAAACUUGCAUGUUCCCACAGUGUGCAACGACUUUGAGCUGCCACGAGAAUACUACAACAUGAUCACUUUGCCCAGUGCUCAUCCUGAGGGACGCACUGUGAACCUGAAAUACUGCACCACUUGUCGCAUCUGGCGACCCCCGCGCGCCUCGCACUGUCCUAGCUGCGAUGCAUGUGUUAUGACACACGACCACCACUGUAUCUGGAUCAACAACUGCGUUGGUCAAAGAAACUACCGGUAUUUUUUGACAUUUUUGACUAGCAGCGUCGUCUCCGCUAUUUUAUGCAUCAUUGGCUGCGCAAUUCAUGUUUCCAAGGUCUCCCAUCUCAGAUCUACCGUUGUGGCCAUACUGUUGAUCGUAUAUUGCGUUCUUAUUAUGUGCUACCCUCUCAUCUUACUGCUAUUCCAUAUUUUCGCGACCUCGUCGCAGCAGACCACCCAUGAAUUUCUCAGAAAUUUGACCUCUAAGAAGGCCAUUUUGCACAGUUUCUCCUCUUCCAGAACAAACCCGUUUGACCGUGGCUCUCGAGCCAGAAACAUGUUAUCUCUGGCGUGUCAACCAAGAGGUGUCAGCGUCAUGAGUGCCCGGGAAAAACAUCCCACCGGCGAUUGGCGUUUUUUGAACCUGCCACAACAGCAUAGUUUUGAGAAAAUUUAA